UGAAACAAAAAAAAUUCUUCUUAAACCAAAAAAGGAAGUCAGAAAACCGGAAAAACAGAAGCCCUUUCUCUAUUCAAACACCAAUGCUUCACAUCCCAUAAAUCUGAACCAAAAAAAAACCGCCAUGACCGAUCACCGCCACCGGUUCGGCCAAAUUCGGUCUACAUCUCAGAUCUUAAAAAAGACCGCCGUGCAUUUCACCGCUCACCCUUUCACAUUCCUCUUCCUGUCUUUCCUCCUCCUCUCAUUCCGUUCCUUAGUUGAAUCUGGUUCCCUUCUCCUCACUUCCUUUAUCGACCGUGAUCCUUCUUUCAAAUCCCUUCUUUCCCGCCUCGACCUCCAUCCUUCCCAGCCACACGCGCGUAUCCACCCCUCUCGUCGCCACACGCGCCGUCCUUUCCUCCACCUCACGCGUGUCGGUACUCUCGACGACGACUUCUUUUCGUCCGACGAUGAUCGCCGCGGCCGCUCCCUCUUCGGUUCUUUCACUAACCGCCCCGUCAAUGGCACGCCGGUGAUUCUUUCCAACUUCGACUCUAAAUUGGGGUUUUCGCAUUUCGUUGCGGAUAACGGAAUUCUGCUACCGGAAAUUGUACGUUACGGAGUCAAAUUCAAAACGACCUCGUUUGAUUAUGAAAACAAUGAAAGGGAACAACAAGAAGAAAGAAUUGUGGAUUUUCAAUUCGUUUAUAAAGGAUUGGACUUGGGCCGCCGUGACAUAGAGGCGCUUUUCUUUCUCGUCAGCAUUUUAUCGGCGGCGUAUGGAUGGGUAAUUCUAUUGUUUACAGCGAUUUACUCUUUGGUGUUGGGUGUUCUUUUUGUUACAAUUGUUAAUGACUUGAUUGGAAGAUUUGUUUCCCUUUCUGGGGCUUUUUGGGGUGGGUCAAAAAUAGGUUUGAAACGACUCACUGGGUUCGUUUUAAUGAAAUGGGCGGUGAGGGACGCGGUGACUCAGCUUCUUGGGUUAUGGUAUUUCGGAGAAAUUGAGGAUCACUACUCGUUUUUCAAGCUUUUUGUUAGGUUAAAAUUGAUGCCUUUUUCGGUUAUGUCACCGUGGAUUAGGGGUUUUGAGAAGGAAAUUUCAGGGUUUUUGUUCACGUGGUUUUUGGUGGACACUUUAGUUUCAUUUGCAUUCUCAUUAGCUGCUUGGAUUGCCAUUGUGGAUUCGAGAAGAAGCGGGAGGGAAGUUUUUAAAGAAGGUUUUUAUUUGAUGUCAACAAUGUUGAACCAAGCGAUACAGAUUAAGUGUUACGAAUCUAUCUUUGGUGGGUCUCUUGCAAGAUGGAUUUUGACUCAUAUAGGUGGGGAAUUUUUUGCUACGGUUAUUCAGGCAGCUUUGGAGGUGUAUUUCAUGGUGGCUUGGUUGAUAUUUUACUUUGUGGUGAGGUGCAAGGAAGCAAAUGCAGAGGGUAGGAGGUAUGGGAGGAGAGAAUUGGAGGUUUUGAUUGAUGGACUUAGAUGAUACUCUAGUGGGAAAGAAAUGGGUUGAAGUUACUUUUGCUACUAGAAUUUUCGAUUGUGACACUGAAGAUAGCUGAAGAUAGUGGCAACCUUUUCAAACUCUUUGAGUUUUCCUGUUUUUGCAGCGCUAGUGAUGCAGUACUACCAUUGUUUGGUCAUUAGCUCCCGAAAUUUAAAACAUAUAGGCCAACCUCAAAACAAUUCUGCUCUGAUAAUCUUGGCA